AUGGAUUCAGUAACAAAUUUUAGAAAGGAAGAUGUGAGAGUGGUUCCUACUUGGAUACAGUUGACUGGUCUGGAGUUGAAAUACUGGGGAGAGAAGUCUCUUUUCAAAAUUGUGAGUCAAAUUGGGAAACCUCUUCAGGUGGAUGAGAUUACAAAAAACAGGGAUAGGUUGAGCUAUCCACGAAUCCUCAUUGAAGUUUCUCUCACACAGGACUUGCCUUAUGAGGUAUCCUUCACUAAUGAAUUUGAUCAGAAGGUUGAAGUGGAUGUGUUUUAUGAGUGGAAACCAGUCCUUUGUGGACAUUGCAAAGGAUAUGGGCACAUCACGGAAAAUUGUAGGAAGAAAGAUGGGCAGAAGAAAGAAUGGGUGAUUAAAAAGGAUAACAAUGUGAUACAAGCCAUGAGAAAAGAAAAAAGUGUAAUGGUGGAUGAUGAGGGGUUUCAGCAAGUGACUAGAAGUGGCAAAUACAAUUUGGCAGUGGCUCAUCCCACUAUAGUUGCUAAUAGUUUUGAUGCUCUAAGUUCUGAAUUUGGAGAAUGUUCGAAAGUUGGUGAAGCAAGGGAUAUCACAGGGGGAGGGGAGGAGCCUCCGCCUCCUAAUGGAUAG